AUGAUUUAUAUCAAUAAUGAACAUUUUGCAAAUUUCUCUCGUGUGGAUUUGAGUAAAAUUAGUCAAUUAUAUAUUGAUGGGAUUGACACAAUUCGAGUUAACGCUUUGACUUUGUGUCCAAAUCAAGUUAUAACGACUAAAACACGAAAGCCAAGAACCACAACAAAAAAACCUACGACGCCAACAGUUACCCCAACUACUACACCUCCCCACCCUUGUCUCAAUCCUAUUGUUCUAUUGAAUCCAAAGCUACCGUUAGAAAUUGAUCUUGUAGAAGUAGGAUUUGGAAAAGGAUUUUUACCAGACAAAUAUAUUGAAAUUAAUGGUAGAAUUACUAAUGUGCGCAGAGCUUUUGAUGUACAUCUGAUGGAAGGCACCUACCCAAGAGCCGACGAGCCAUUCUGGUUCGAGUCACACCACCAAAUCCGUCCACAGAUUGUACUUAAUAGUUGGUCUAAAUCUAGAGGGUCGGGAGGUGUUAAUUACCAUCGUUCACCUUUGCAAAUUGGCCAACCACUUAUUUUGAAAUUUGUUGCAGCGCCAAAAAAUACAACAAUUAUCUAUAUCAAUAAUCAAUGGUUUGCAAGCUACUGGGGUUCGGCUGAAGUUGGGUAA